CGUCGUGGUAACCAAGUACUGCUAUCGCCUAGAAACCAGAGCUCCUAUUCUCGAAAAUAUUACGUAAAGACACCAACCAGAAAUAUCAUUGAGUUCUGCCCCCAUGCGUCAAGUUUCUUGCCCGAUGUGGUUCACAGAAUAACGAUUCUGAAUAGGGUUUUUUCCUUCUGUUUUUGUUGUUUUCUUUUUCUGCAACGGGACCGGCUGUUAUUAUUCUGCGCACUAUGAUGAUUCGCAGCCCGGAAUCUUCCUGGUGUUUGCCAUCGAUUUGAGAUGCGGAUUAAGGAGCGGGGACGUGUUCAGGGAGACUGUGGUUGGAAGCUGUUUAAUUAUUUGCCAUUGCUACGAAGUUAGCAGAAAAUUUGCAUUUUGGGGCGUCUUCGUUGGGAGGGACACAAGCAGCGGCCAGACAGUUGUAGUUGUCAAGGCAGGCUGCACUGUGUCAUUUUGUUUCGCUUUGGAAAUCCUCAACUGAAAAUCGUCUGUGUCACUAAGGGAUGUACUGCGUUCAGAUUUAUGAAUGGUAGUCCGACACUGGGUUCGGCCUAUUUCGUACGCGAUUACUAGAUCCGAAAUAUUUUGCGGCUAGUUCGUAUCUGGGAAGUACACGAAAACGGUAGUAAUUAUGGCUGAUGAUGGGGCAGGGGAUUAGCGUGCGGAUUAUAUUUUUGCUGUAGCCCUGUCCUCUGUUUGUUGUGCUCAUUUACUGUUUGUUUUAUUCUGUCUUUUUAUUUUAUAACGAAUCGGUCAGGCUAUAUGGAGAUAAACAGCAUUAAAUAUGCUUUUUAAAGCACUUGGUUUUAUGGGGGCACGUUUUCUCUGUUGUAUAAAUAUUUUGCAGAUCUUAAUGAAGGAAAAAAGUUAAAUCAGAGAAGGUCUGAAUGUAUGUAGUUUAUCAAUAAAUGCAGAAGAACAUGUUGAAUGGCUUUUACCGGUCUAGUAUCAAUUUUACCAAAACACGCUCGGUAUUUAUGAUAUAGGCGAUAUAUAUUUUUUAAUAUAUAUUUAACUUUAGGCUACUGAUAGUACCAACAUGACUGUUCGCAAUUAGGUGAUCCUAGGCGAUUUGUGUUCGAAGGAAUUUGGCUAUAUUUCUGAGCUUUCAUUCAUUUUGAGUUAUGUCAAUAUAACUUACAUCUACUUAUGGUUGAUUUCAGGAUAGAAUAUCCUUGAAGUUGAAAUACUUAUAAAUUUGAAAAAUUGUCAAAUAUCAUGGCGGACAGAACUGCUCCUCGUUGCCAACUGAGAUUGGAGUGGAUUUACGGUUACAGGGGGCAUCAGUGCCGCAACAACUUGUACUACACCGCUGGCAAAGAGGUCGUGUACUUCGUGGCUGGGGUCGGCGUGGUUUACAAUACAAGAGAGCACACUCAGAAGUUCUAUCUGGGACACAACGAUGACAUUAUCAGCCUGGCGCUGCAUCCGGACAAAGCUCAGGUGGCCACGGGCCAGGUGGGCAAGGACCCCUACAUCUGCGUGUGGGACACCUACGGUGUGCAGACCGUGUCCAUCCUGAAGGACGUGCACACCCACGGCGUGGCCUGCCUGGCCUUCGACUCCGACGGACAGCGGUUGGCAUCUGUGGGUCUGGAUGCCAAAAACACUGUUUGCGUGUGGGACUGGAAGAAGGGCAAGGUGCUCGCCACAGCGACAGGACACUCAGACCGGAUCUUUGACAUCACCUGGGAUCCGCUCCAGCAGCACCGGCUGGUGAGCUGCGGGGUAAAACACAUCAAGUUCUGGGCCCUGUGUGGGAACGCGCUGACGCCAAAGAGGGGGAUCUUCGGCAAGACGGGGGACCUGCAGACCAUCCUGUGCGUGGCCUCGUCCAAGGACGACGUGACGUACUCGGGGGCUCUGAACGGGGACAUCUACGUUUGGAAGGGGCUCAACCUGGUGCGCACCAUACAGGCAGCUCACGGGGCAGGGAUCUUCAGCAUGUACUCGUGCGAGGAGGGCUUCGCCACUGGGGGGCGUGACGGCUGCAUACGCCUGUGGGACGUGGACUUCAAGCCCAUCACCAAAAUCGACCUCAGGGAGGCGGAGCAGGGAUACAAAGGGCUGUCCAUCCGCAGCGUGUGCUGGAAGGCGGACCGGAUCCUGGCGGGGACGCAGGACAGCGAGAUUUUCGAGGUGAUGGUGCGGGACAGGGACAAGCCACUGCUCAUUAUGCAGGGGCACUGUGAGGGCGAGCUCUGGGCCCUGGACGUCCACCCCAAAAAGCCGCUGGCCGUCACCGGGAGCGACGACCGAUCCGUGCGCCUGUGGAGCCUGGCGGACCACGCCCUGAUCGCGCGCUGCAACAUGGAGGAGGCGGUCCGCAGCGUGGCCUUCAGCAGCGACGGCUCCCAGCUGGCCCUGGGCAUGAAGGACGGCUCCUUCACCGUGCUCCGCGUCAGGGACAUGACGGAGGUGGUUCACAUCAAGGACAGGAAGGAGGUGAUCCACGAGAUGAAGUUCUCCCCGGACGGCUCGUACCUGGCCGUGGGCUCCAACGACGGGCUGGUGGACAUCUACGCCGUGGGCCAGCGCUACAAGAAGGUGGGCGAGUGCAGCAAGUCCUCCAGCUUCAUCACUCACCUGGACUGGUCGGUGGACAGCAAGUUCCUGCAGGCCAACGACGGGUCCGGGGAGAGGUUUUUCUACAAGAUGCCGUCUGGAAAAAACCUGGCCACCAAGGAGGAGAUCAAAGGCAUCCACUGGGUCUCCUGGACCUGCGUAAUCGGGCCCGAGGUGAGCGGGAUCUGGCCCAAGUACACCAACAUCAACGACAUCAACUCCGUGGACGCCAACUACAACAGCGCCGUGCUGGUAACCGGGGACGACUUCGGCCUGGUCAAGCUCUUCCGCUUCCCGUGUUUGAAAAAAGGGGCAAAAUUCAAGAAGUAUGUGGGUCACUCCGCCCAUGUGACCAACGUUCACUGGUCACAUGACUUCCAGUGGGUGCUGAGCACUGGGGGUGCCGACCACUCGGUGUUCCAGUGGAGGUUCCUGCCAGAGGGGGUCAUGAACGGCAUCCUGGAGCCACUACUCCAAGAGGGAUACACCGACUCCAACAGCGAGGAGUCCGACUCCGACCUCUCCGACGUUCCGGAGCUGGACUCGGAUAUCGAGCAGGAAGCCCAGAUCAACUACGACCGACAGGUGUACAAGGAAGACCUACCUCAGCUGAAGCAGCAGAGCCGAGAGAAGCAGCAGCCAGUCAGCUCGCUGAAGAGGCAGAGGGUGCCGGAGGAGGGGCUAAGGCUGCAGUUCGUUCACGGGUACCGGGGCUACGACUGCAGGAAUAACCUGUUCUACACGCAGGCGGGGGAGGUGGUGUACCACGUGGCCGCGGUGGCCGUCGUCUACAACCGGCAGCAGCACUCGCAGCGCUUCUACCUGGGCCACGACGACGACAUCCUCAGCCUGGCAGUGCACCCGCUCAAGGACUACGUGGCAACUGGCCAGGUUGGCAGGGACCCAGCGAUCCACGUGUGGGACACACAGACCCUGAAGUGCUUGUCCCUCCUGAAAGGCCAUCACCAGAGAGGGGUAUGCGCUUUGGACUUCUCAGCAGACGGAAAGAGCCUGGUGUCUGUGGGCAUCGACGACAACCACUCUAUCGUGGUAUGGGACUGGAAGAAAGGAGAGAAGCUGGCCACCGCAAGGGGUCACAAGGACAAGCUUUUUGUGGUGAAGUGCAACCCCGUUCACAUGGACAAGCUCGUCACCGUGGGCAUGAAGCACAUCAAGUUCUGGCAGCACGCAGGCGGGGGUCUGACGUUCAAGCGGGGGGUCUUCGGGAACCUGGGCAAGCUGGAGACCAUGAUGUCGGUGUGCUACGGCCGCGCCGAGGACCUGGUGUUCUCCGGCGCCGCCACGGGCGACGUGUACAUCUGGAAGGAGACCGCGCUCGUGAAGACCAUCAAGGCCCACGACGGGCCUGUGUUCGCCAUGUACUCCCUGGACAAGGGGUUCGUGACGGGGGGAAAGGACGGGGUGGUGGAGCUGUGGGACGACAUGUUCGAGAGGUGCCUGAAGACCUACGCCAUCAAGAGAGCCGCGCUGUCCCCUGGGUCCAAAGGGUUGCUGCUGGAGGACAACCCAUCUAUUCGUGCCAUUACCCUGGGACACGGGCACAUCCUGGUCGGAACAAAGAACGGAGAAAUACUUGAAAUCGACAAGAGUGGCCCAAUGACCCUGCUGGCACAGGGUCACAUGGAGGGGGAGGUGUGGGGGCUGGCCGCCCACCCGCUGCUCCCCGUGUGCGCCACGGUGAGCGACGACAAAACCCUGCGCAUCUGGGAGCUCUCCGCCAACCACCGCAUGGUCGCCGUGCGCAAGCUCAAAAAAGGCGGGCGGUGCUGUGCCUUCUCCCCGGACGGGAAAGCCUUAGCGGUGGGGCUGAAUGACGGCAGCUUCCUGGUGGUGAACUCAGACACCCUGGAGGACAUGGUGUCUUUCCACCACAGGAAGGAGAUCAUCUCAGACGUCCGGUUUUCACAAGAUGCUGGAAAAUACCUGGCAGUGGCUUCUCACGAUAACUUUGUGGACAUCUACAACGUGCUGACCAGCAAGCGGGUGGGCAUCUGCAAGGGCGCCUCCAGCUACAUCACGCACAUCGACUGGGACCCGCGCGGUAAGCUGCUGCAGGUGAACUCGGGUGCCAAAGAGCAGCUGUUCUUCGAGGCCCCGAGGGGGAAGAGGCAGACCAUCCGAACUUCGGAGAUUGAGAAGAUCGAGUGGGCCUCGUGGACCUGCGUUCUGGGUCCCACCUGUGAGGGGAUCUGGCCCAUCCACAGUGACAUCACCGACGUCAACGCCGCCUCGCUCACCAAAGACAGGAAGUUGCUGGCCACCGGGGACGACUUCGGCUUCCUCAAACUCUUCAACUACCCGGCCAAGGGUCAGUACGCAAAGUUUAAGAAGUACGUGGGUCACAGUGCCCACGUGACCAACGUGCGCUGGGCGCAGGACGACGCCACCCUGCUGACGGUGGGCGGGGCCGACACGGCGCUGAUGAUCUGGACGCGGGAAACGGGCGGGAACCGGGAGACCAAGCCCGUGGACAGCGAGGAGUCGGACGACGACACGGAAGAGGACGGCGGCUACGACAGUGACGUGGCCAGGGAGAGGAGCAUCGACUACACCACCAAGAUCUACGCCGUCAGCAUCCGCGACAUGACCGGCGUGAAGCCACACCAGCAGCAGAAGGAGGUUUCGGCUGAAGAGAGGCAGGGCAUUGUCAAGGGAUCCAGGCCUCCAGUCAGCAGAGCGGCUCCUCAGCCAGACAAACUGCAGAAGAACAACAUCACCAAGAAGAAGAAACUGGUGGAGGAGCUGGUGCUGGACCACGUGUUCGGGUACCGCGGCUUCGACUGUCGGAACAACCUGCAUUACCUCAACGACGGCUCUGACAUCAUCUUCCACACCGCGGCCGCCGCCCUGGUGCAGAACCUCUCCACCGGGACGCAGAGUUUCUACCUGGAACACACUGACGACAUCCUCUGUCUGACCGUCAAUCAGCAUCCUAAGUAUAAAAAUGUCAUUGCCACUGGACAGAUAGGUGAUGUCACAGAGGUUCCAGGCACCACCCCCUCCAUCCACGUGUGGGACGCCAUGAGCAAGCAGACCCUGUCCAUCCUGCGCUGCUCGCACGCCAAGGGCGUCGGCUACGUCAACUUCAGCGCCACGGGCAAGCUGCUGCUGUCUGUGGGGGUGGAGCCUGAGCACACCAUCACCGUGUGGCGCUGGCAGGAAGGUGCCAAAGUGACGAGCAAAGGGGGCCACACGGACAGGAUCUUUGUGGUGGAGUUCCGCCCGGACUCGGACUCGCAGUUUGUCUCGGUGGGCAUCAAACACAUAAAGUUCUGGACGCUGGCUGGAGGUUCGCUCAUGUACAAGAAGGGUGUGAUCGGCUCCGUGGAGGACGCCAGGAUGCAGACCAUGCUGUCUGUGGCUUUCGGUGCUAAUAACCUCACUUUCACUGGUGCCAUAAACGGGGACGUGUUCGUGUGGCGGGAUCACUUCCUGGUGCGCGUGGUGGCCAAAGCACACACCGGCCCGGUGUUCACCAUGUACACCACGCUCAGAGACGGCCUCAUCGUCACCGGCGGCAAGGAGAGGCCGACUAAGGAGGGCGGGGCAGUGAAGCUGUGGGAUCAGGAGAUGAAGCGCUGCCGGGCCUUCCAGCUGGAGACGGGCCAGACGGUGGAGUGUGUGAGAUCUGUCUGCAGAGGGAAGGGAAAGAUCCUGGUGGGAACCAAGGAUGGCGAGAUCAUCGAGGUGGGGGAGAAGAACGCCGCGUCCAACAUCCUGAUCAACGGCCACAUGCAGGGGGAGAUCUGGGGUCUGGCCACGCACCCCUCCAAAGACGUGUUCAUCUCCGCCAGCGACGACGGGACCAUCCGCAUCUGGGACCUGGCCGACAAGAAACUGCUGAACAAAGUGAGUUUGGGGCACGCGGCGAAGUGUGCGGGGUACAGCCCGGACGGGGAGAUGGUCUCCAUCGGCAUGAGGAACGGGGAGUUCAUCGUCCUCCUGGUCAACUCCCUCAAAGUGUGGGGCAAGAAACGGGACCGCAGUGCCGCCAUCCAGGACGUCCGCUUCAGCCCAGACAGCCGGCUGCUGGCAGUGGGCUCUAUGGAGAGCACGGUGGACUUCUACGACCUGACACUGGGGCCCUCGCUGAACCGUAUCGGCUACUGCAAGGACAUCCCCAGCUUCAUCAUCCAGAUGGACUUCAGCGCCGACAGCAAGUACAUCGAGGUGUCCACGGGAGCUUACAAGCGCCAGGUGCACGAGGUGCCAUCGGGCAAGAUGGUGACAGAGCAGUCCGUCAUCGACAAGAUCACCUGGGCCACCUGGACGAGUAUCCUGGGAGAGGAGGUUUUGGGGAUCUGGCCCAGGAACGCAGACAAGGCGGAUGUGAACUGCGCCUGCGUCUCCCACGCCGGGCUCAACGUGGUCACCGGCGACGACCUCGGCCUCGUCAAGCUCUUCGACUUCCCCUGCACCGAGAAAUUUGCCAAACACAAGCGUUACUUCGGCCAUUCUGCCCAUGUGACCAACAUACGCUUCUCCUUCGAUGACAAGUAUGUGAUAAGCACAGGGGGAGAUGACUGCAGUGUGUUUGCAUGGAAAUGCCUGUAAGAACGUCCAGCAUCAAGCACAUCGCAGUGGCCCUGCUCCGGAGUGAAGCGAGAAAAAUCCCAAAGCCUCAAUCGUCUGGCUGCUACCAACCUGUUACUGAAAUGCUGCAAUUACACACUUUCAACGACCUAUGGGAAUGCUGCUGGUGCAAAUGGGACAGGGAGGGGGGAGGGUGUUGUGUAAUAACCUGUCUCUGAGGUCACUUAGUAGGCCUACCUUCGUUGUUAAAGAUGGGCAAAAAUGUGACUACGGAUUUUGGAACAGCACUUAGCCCUGCUGUACACGGCGGGCUGCUUUGAUGGAAAUGCUCUUCUUGCCACAAGAAAAAGAGGGUGAAUUUCCUCAUGAAAAGAGCAUUUGUUUACAUUUUCAUCCAUUUUCCCUAAGUGGCAGAAGAGUGCAAUGCCAACUUUUUAUUUAUUCUACACAUAUUUUCAUCACGGCAUUGAUGAAACAAAAUUGUUUCCAGUCAUUCUAUUUUACAAAAGCCUUUUUUUUUUAAAUCAUCGGCAGACAUGCAUAAGUGCCUUUAUCAGAUUUUUAUAUAGUCUAGUUAUGUUAUUUCACUAUUACAUGAUUCGAGUUGUUUUGUACACUUCUGGUGCUAUUAGAUUGUAAAUCGAGGGCUCUCAAUAGUGUUAGUUUUAUUCAUUUGAUAUGCAGGAAAGGAGACUGUGGUUAAUUUUUAGUGCAUAAAACAUGGUCAUUAUUUGGCAUAAUCCGACGGCUCUUCCUCUUGGAAAUUUUGAAAUACCACUCAGGAGCUGUUCUAGGCACUAGUACUGUACUGUAAUUAUAAAAGAAGAAAAAAAACAUGGU